AUGGCGACUUCAAUUGAACAAGUUUUAACACGUCUGCUCACACAGCAAAAUGAAACGCAAAAAGCUACACAACAGCUUCUUCAAAAUGUAAUGGCAGAAAUUACCACUAGCCGCACAGCAAACGUAGCAGCACCAUCGAAUAAUCUUAACAGGGAACAGUUGAUGGACAUCCUAUCAAAGCAAAUUCAAGAAUUUGUGCAUGCACCUGAUGAAGACCACACAUUCGAAACUUGGUAUACAAGGUAUCAAGACAUAUUCGACGAAGACGCUAAACAACUUAACGAUGCAGAUAAAACCAGACUUUUGCUACGUAAGGUCAGUUCCGCAGUUUACCAGCAAUAUGCACAUACAAUAUUGCCGGCCAAGCCAAACGAAAUUGAUUUCAAAUCUACUGUGAUUAAAAAUGAUUUGGAAGAUUACACAACGUACAUAGCAAGAGUAAAUCGACAAUGUGAAAAAUUUCAGCUGAAUACGUGCAGUAGUGAUAAUUUAAAAUGCUUGAUUUUUGUUAGCGGUCUGCAAGCUACAAAAGAUUCAGUUUUUCGCAAUGAAAUUCUUAAAAUGCUGGAUGAAGAGAAACCCAGUAAGCCAGUUACUUUGAAUUCGGUCAAUUCUGAAAUUCAACGUAUACUCCAACGUCAGCAAGAUAAUAAAGUGAUUGCGAAUACCUCAUCAAUUACGCACGCAGUUCGUACGCAAGUAAAUCAGAUUCGUAAUCAAUCAAAAAAAGAUGGUACAAAAUCACCACCGUCUCCAUGUUGGUUUUGCGGAGGAAUGCACUAUGCUCGAUUUUGUUUUUACGCGAGUCACAAGUGUACACAAUGUGGAACUAUGGGUCAUAAGGAAGGAUAUUGCAAUGCAAGGAAAAACAGCACGUUUAAAGGCAACAAACAUCAAAAAGACAGUUCGCAGACGAAACAACAGCAACAAAUUGUGAAAACACAGCAAGCAAACAAAUCAUCGAAAGCUAUUGAGUCAGCUGCGCAAACGAGAAUUAUAACAGAUUUCGCACAACUCAGAAGGCACAUAGAAAUUUUUAUUAAUGGUGUUAAAGCACAACUUCAGUUAGAUACAGCUUCAGAUUGCACCAUUAUUUCAGAAAAUUUGUGGAAGAAUAUCAACAUGCCAACGUUAUAUGCAACAAAGCAUACGGCACGAGACGCUAAUUGUAACAAAGGAGAAUUUUUUGCUACCAUCACACAUCAAGGUGAAACGAAAAGUAUGAAAGUACUAGUAACUUAUGUGAAUGAACUGAAUAUAGCGGGCGCAGAUUUCUUUGAAGAAUUCAGUCUUUGGGAUAUACCUAUAAAUUCAUUUUGUAUGAAGCAAAACGCAGUUCCAAAAUUUUGUCCAAAACGUCCAGUCCCGUAUUCAGCAAUUACAGUGGUGGAUGCAGAAUUAAACCGACUUCAAGAUGCAGGCGUCAUUACACCAACAAACUAUUCAGAUUGGGGGGCACCAAUUGUUAUAGUUAAACGUCCAAAUGGCAAGAUCAGAAUUUGUGCAGACUACUCAACAGGUCUCAACGCAUGUGUAGAACCGCAUUUUCAUCCAUUGCCAUUGCCAGAAGACAUCUUCAUAAAUCUAAAAGGUCGUAAGUAUUUUACACGUUUUGAUUUUAAUGACGCGUAUAUGCAAUUUGAUGUUGACGAAGCAACAAAAAGUAUUCUGACUAUAAACACACAUCGAGGAUUAUAUAAAUUCAAUAGGCUUGUACCUUUAAUCAAAUCGGCACCAGGGGCUUUUCAACAAGCAAUAGAAAAAGUUUUAACAGGCAUUCAAGAAGCAACCCCAUAUUUAGACGACGUUAUUGUCGCAAGCAAUAAUUUCAAUCAACAUGUUAAAUCAAUAAGAAAAGUACUACAGCGUUUAUCAGAGUAUAACAUUACCGUAAAUUAUGACAAAUGUGAAUUUUUCCAAAGCAAAAUUAAAUACUUAGGUCAUGUGGUAGAUGCAGAAGGCAUUCGUCCUGACCGUAAUAAAAUAAUGGCUAUCAUUAAUUUGCCAAGACCAUCUAAUAAAUGA